UGUAGUAUAUUCGCAGACAGGCCGGGGCAAAUCUCAAUCCAUCAGAAAGUGCUGGAGCCCUACCUAGUUCCGCCGCAACACAACGACGGGGAAGAAGGAUGCGUAACCGCCGUCGCCGCCGCCGGCGCGCCAAUGAGGACGAGCCGCGGCGGAUUCUAGAUGUUGGCGCUCCGCGUCAGAACCUGCUGGGCCAGAUCCGCGGCUACUACCUCGACGCCAUCUCCCGCCUGCCCACCGCCGACCUCAAUACCACCCUAGCGCGCGGCCUCCUCGUCGCCGGCCACUGCUACGGCGCCCUCCACCCGGUCCACAACAUCCUCCUCAACGCCAUCUGGUACUCCGCCGCGUUCCCCCUCCGCCCCGGCGACCGGAUCGACGUCGCCGUCAUCAACGACACUGCCAUCACCCGCAUCGUUCAGCGCUCCCUCGAUGGAUUGGUCGCCCUCCUGCGCCAUCGCUGCCCCGGCCUCUCCCACGACGACGCCCUCUGGCACCUCAGCCUCUCCGGCGCCGACCUCCGCGCCGCCGUUGCAUCCGCACGCGGGGCUGCACCAUCUUUGCUCCCGCCCACGGAACCGGAGGCCGUUCAGGCGGCUGCCACGGCGGCGCGGCAUCCGAAACCCGCCGCCCUCGCGCUCUUCGCUUCUUCAGUGAUGCCCUCUGGAACGUGACGCCGUCUCGCUGCUCAACAACAAGCGCAGGCUUUCCUCAGCUGACAUUCUGCGCCUCUCCACUAUGCUGCUGCCUUCACCAAUACCCGAUGAGCUGCCGCAUCCUCCUCUCCAGGAGCGGUGCAAGGAGGCCUUCCAAAUCAUCGCUAGAAGAAGAAAUGUUCUUAUAAGAUGGUACAGAAGAUGGGUUGAAAUGGCCGACGCAGCAUUAUCUAAGUAUGCCAAGCAAACUGCGGCAGAUUACCAGCUUCAUAUCAUCCAUGGCCUAGGAACCAUGAAGGAUGAAUUUAAUGUGGACAAAUCUUUCCAUAUCAACUUCAUGGCGUGGCCAAUGGAUCCUUCUUCCGCCAGAGAAGCCCCCGUGUUUUUCUUUGCUGAAGCUCUUCGCCCGUCUGGCUCGCACUUUUGUGAAGAGGAUAUCACCUUGUGCUGUACAGUACAACCUUCAUCAAGUGAAGUUGAUUGCUGCCAUUCUUGUCUGACUAAACACUAUAUAAUUGAUCAUCCGGAUAAUUCCGAGAACUUCGGUGGCGGGCAGUACUUCAAGAUGGAUGGAACCAGCAAAGAGUGGGAUUACCCAGCCACACUUGACAUUGACUUCAGGUGUUUCGAUCCUUUCAGAGAUGUUGAUCUCGUGGAGUACUUGGAUCAAGACUACGCCCGUUACAUAUCCUCUUCACCCUGGCAUUGUCGUCAUAAAAAUGAGGGGGAUGUCUUGGGUUAUUGCAGCAGAAUUAUGUGAAAUGUGAUGGUUGUAGUUUCACUAUUGCUCUUAAAUCGCUUUGCAUCUUUCAGUGAAAUAAAUUGCUAUCUGAUCAUCUCAUGGUUGGCCUUGUGUUGUACAAAAUAAAACUUACGACUACCCCCUUAUUCUUUUUGUUAAGUUCUAUGAUUGGUUCAUUGGGGAGUUUGACUGCAUGGGUUUACAUCAACACAUGAUAUUAUAAUGUCUAUUAUCCUUAAAUGAAGAUUGCUGCGGUGCCUGUCCCUCCUGCUGGUGGUUUUCAUUUAAACUUUCGGAUCUCCUGCCUCUGGCCUGACAUCCAGCAUGUUGACAUGUUUGCAACUUUUUUAAUUUCCUAUAUUCCUUAGAUGAAUCAUCUUUCUGAUCUUGCUUCUACAAAAUGCAGGUUGCUGCUAUUCUUGUCUGACUAAACACUACUCCAUCCAUUCCAUAUUCUUUCCGCAUAUUCAGAUGAUCUAUUCACAAAAUAUGUCUAGAUACAUUGCGACAAGAAUUAUGGAAUGGAGUGAGUAUAUAAUUGAUCAUCUGGAUAAGUCCGAGAACUUCGGUGGCGGGCAGUACUUCAGGAUGGAUGGAACCAGCAAAGACUGGGAUUGCCCAGCCACACUUGAUGUUGACUACAGGUGUUUCGAUACGGACAGGGAUGCUGAUCUCGUGGAGUACUUGAAUCAAGAUUAUGCCCGUUACAUAUCCUCUUCAGCCUGGCAUAGUCCAAUCGCUUAGCACCUUUCAGUACUGAACUUAAGUGUUAUCUGAUCAUCUCAUGGUUCGCCUUGUGUUAUACUUCACAAAAUUUAUGACUAGUCUCUCAUUUUAAUUGUUAGGUUGUCUAUUAACCUUAGCGCUGAAAGGGGUGCCUGCCCCUCAUGAUGUCUGUUUUAUUUGAACUUUCAGAUGAA